AUGAACGAUAGCGCCGCCGAAUGCUCGGAAGCUUUGGAUCCUCGCGUUCAGAUUGAACUAGAGCGUCUAAAUACUGCUACAGAUGAGAUCAACAGGCUUGAAGUUGAGCUGGACGAGGCUCGGCUGGCAUUCCGUAGACUGCUUGCAGAGGGACACCUGCGGAUACAACAGCUUACCAAGAAGCUUGGUACCAGUGUACACAAAGCCAGGCCUUAUUAUGAAGCUAGAUUCAGAGCUAAUAUUACGUCACAAGAGUUGCAAACAGCAACAGUCGCGUAUGACAAGGCGAACAGUGCUCACGCGGCGGCGCGGGAGAUGGUGUACCUGGCGGAGCAGGGACUGGCGCGACUGGCAGAAGGCGGCGCCGGCGUCACGCUCGACCCCGCCUGGCAGGAGAUGCUUAACCACGCCACGCACAGGGUUAAUCAGGCGGAGAGUGACCGCGCGCACGCGACGGUGACGCAGCGCACGCGCGCCGCCGCGCACCGCGCCGCCUCCACGCUCGUACAUCAGCUACAGAGCUCGCUCAAACGACAUAUCGCCAAGUCCAGACCAUAUUUCGAAGAGAAGGCUAGAAUCAACACAGCUUUAGAAGCUCAGAAGGCUCGGAUCCAAACGUUGGAGGAGCAGGUCUCUGAGGCCAAGCAGCAGUACUCCUCAGCGCUGCGGAACUUGGAGAGGAUCUCCGAUGAAAUACACAAACAUCGAUCUAGAAGACAGUCUGCUAGGAAUGUUCCAGAGAUAGACCGCUCGACAACGACGGAUACGGCGAGCGACACCAACACCACUAGUAGCGACAAGCUGGACGAGCUGUGCGACAGUAGUACGGACGCCAGCGUCAGGGAGUGGCUCCGUCGCGCCGCGCACCAUCGCCCGCGCCCGCCUACCGACGCCGACACCUGGACUGAGAUCGAUCUGGAUUACUCCAGUCCGGAAGAGGUGAGUUUCGAAAAAUGUUCGCUCCGAGCUCGGUCGACCCCAGAAAAGUGGUCUCCGCCCAGUCCGGUGGAGUCCAGGGCGUCUGCAGCGGAGCCCCGGCGGAUCAUUAGGACUGCGCCCCGGACACAUGUACUCAGGGAGGAUCUCGACAGACCACGGAGACAGAGCCUCGACGCACUGCUGCAUGAUACCGGGGAGAAGGUCAAGGAGAUGUUCCAAGGUCUGUCCCUAUUCGGCGAGCGUCGCGGGUCGUCGUCAGUCCCCCGCACCCCGCGCCGAGCCGCUUCGCCCCGCGCCGCCUCCUCGCAUAGCGACGACAGAUACUCCGACACUGAUAGUCUCGCCAGCGUGGAGAUGUUAACAGAUGACCAGAUAGCGUCCCUAAUGUUGGACGCGCAACUGGAGGCAGUGUGCGAGAGACUGGCUGGGGUCGCCGGGACACAGACUCGGUCUCCGCACUCUCCUGAACAUCGCUACUAG